ACAAAAUGACGCAGGAGCCACUUGACCAGCCAAUUACCGAUGUAUUUUCCACGAGUACGAAGGAGCUCUCUGCAUCAGAGAGGGCGAAGCUGGACGAACAAAACAAAAGGCUUGUACCUGCAUUUAAAGCUCAAAAACUCGAAAUUGAUGCACAGCGCCAUUGGGAUAUAUUCUAUAAACGGAAUGAGACGCGUUUCUUUAAAGAUCGCCACUGGACCACACGAGAAUUUCAAGAGCUGCUGGCCGAGCCACACAACACGAACCAAAGCAAGGGUGAGCACCGGAAUCUUUUAGAGGUCGGAUGCGGUGUUGGAAACUUGGUGUUUCCAUUAUUGGAGGAACAACUAAAAAGUGGCGGAGGCUUUUAUUUCUAUGCCUGUGAUUUUUCACCUCGUGCUAUUGACUUUGUGCGCGCUAAUGAGCUGUACGAUCCGAAUCAUAUAACUGCUUUUCAAUGUGAUAUCACAACUGAACAGGUGCACCAGAGCAUUCCUUCAGAGAGCUUGGAUGUGUGCACAAUGAUCUUUGUACUAUCUGCCAUACAUCCGGACAAAUUUGGAGAUGUAUUGCAAAAUCUCUGGCGAUUGCUGAAGCCUGGAGGAGUGGUCCUAUUUCGUGACUACGGAUUGUACGACAUGGCUCAAUUACGCUUUAAACCAGGCCACAAAAUCGCCGAUAAUUUCUACAUGCGUCAGGAUGGUACACGCAGCUAUUACUUUUCAGAGCAGGAAUUGGCCCAGUUGUUCAGCAGCACCGGCUUUGAAAUCUUGUCAAAUUCCUACGUGCAUCGACGAACGCUCAACAUCAAAGAGGGAGUCGAUGCUCCACGAAUUUUUCUGCAGGGGAAGUUUAGAAAGCGAUCUUUAAGUUGAUAUCUAACUUGUGAAUGCAAUUGUACGUAUAUAUAGUUUUUAUUUUUAAUUGAUAACAUGGUUUUAAGUCAACGUUCAAUAAAUAUUUGUGUAUAUGUAUGUA